AUGGGUCGUAAGCGCUCAUCCUUGAACCACGGAGGGAGCAUCUCCGGGGGAUCGACAAGACCGAAGAAACAAAGGGGGAAGCAGCGAAGCUGGCUCGUGGUCUCGGUGGGUGCAGCGAGGAGCUGCUCAAGCAGUUUCUCGGCCGCUUGCUUCAGCUGCGGUAGGGAGGAGGCUAGAAGGGGUCUGAUAGGUAGCAAUAGCUUCGCAGGUUGGGCUUUGGUGGUGUUUGCUCGACGGGAAGAAGGGAAAGAUUUGAGGGGCCUGCUGUCUCGAGAUCUUGCUGGAAAUCAGCACCAUCUACAGUGGUUCUUGACAAGGGACGAAGAAGCAGACGAUGCUGCUCAGGGGAAGAGGGAAGGAUGGAGGUGGAGUCAAGGAUGGCAGGUGAUGGUUGGUUUAGGCGUGGUCCGAUUGAUAUUCAUAGAAAGAGAAGAAGAAAGAACAAUUCAGAAAAGAAGGAAGCAAAAAAUGGGCUGCGGUCCCAUUGAUUUUGCUAAAUACACAAGCACAACACCUCCGCUGGAGGUGUUCUUGGCUGGCACGAUGAAGAAGAAGAAGAAAGUAGACGGGUUGCUGGUCUUUUGGUGUUUCACUGACAGCUUAAAUUGAGAAAAGAGUUUCUAACACGUUUCCUUUGUGUGUGUAAACUUGGGUAAAUUGAAUUUGGAAG